ACAAUCGGCUGCUUUGUCUCUCUUUGUAUUAAUUCAUUCAUUCCUUCCUUCCACUUACUCUUCUCAUCAUUCUCUAUAAACAUUAAACACACCACUCUUCUCUUUCAUUCUCAACCCAAAUGGAUAUUCCCCAAACCCAUUCCUGGAGACCCGACCCACUUCACUCCUCCAUGUUCCGUCCACCUGAAACACCACGCGAACCAAUGGAAUUCCUCUCACGUUCCUGGAGCGUAUCAGCCCUCGAAGUAUCCAAAGCUCUUUCCCCUGCUCCCAACCACACUACCAUCACCAUACAAGAAAACACCGCCGAAGAUACCGCCGCCGUUUCAUUAAACCCGUUUUCUUUUGCUUCCUCUGAAACCUCUCAAAUGGUCAUGGAACGCAUCAUGUCACAAUCCCAGGAAGAAGCAUCUCCACGAACUUCAGGGAGACUCUCUCAUAGUAGUGGUCCUUUAACCGAUACUUCUCCUGUUUCUCCUUCUGAAAUCGACGAUAUCAAGUAUGGCCGUUCCAACAACGCCACGAGCGCUAAUUUAAACGGUUAUUUUAAACCUCCUGGCGGUGGCGGGAAGACGGUUGGGAGAUGGCUUAAGGACAGGAAGGAGAAGAAGAAAGAAGAAGCAAGGGCACAUAAUGCGGAGCUUCAUGCCGCGAUUUCGGUGGCUGCAGUUGCUGCCGCGGUUGCUGCAAUUGCGGCUGCCACGGCUGCGUCGUCUGGUUCUGGCAAAGACGAGCAGGUGGCAAAGACUGAUUCGGCUGUGGCAUCUGCGGCAACGUUGGUGGCAGCGCAGUGUGUUGAAGCGGCUGAGGCUUUAGGGGCGGAGAGGGAACACCUUGCUGCAGUGGUUAGCUCCGCUGUGAAUGUUAGAUCUGCCGGUGAUAUCACGACUUUAACUGCUGCGGCUGCAACAGCUUUACGCGGUGCUGCUACAUUGAAAGCGAGGGCUUUGAAGGAAGUUUGGAAUAUUGCUGCAGUGAUUCCUGUGGAGAGAAAUUUGGGGGUUUCUUCUAGUGGUAACAAUGGAAGUUGCAAUAGUAGCUUCAGCGGUGAGCUUGCACCAGAAGAGAAUUUCUUGGGUAUCUGUAGUAGAGAAUUACUAGCCAGAGGUUGCGAGCUUCUCAAGCGCACGCGUAAAGGUGAUCUUCAUUUGAAAGUUGUAUCUGUAUAUAUAAACAGGAUGAAUCAGGUUACUCUGAAAAUGAAGAGUAGACAUGUUGCUGGGACCAUCACCAAAAAGAAAAAGAAUGUGGUGAUUGAACUGAUCAAAGAUAUGCCAGCUUGGCCGGGACGACAUUUGCUAGAAGGUGGUGAAAAUCGCCGCUACUUCGGGUUGAAAACAUUAAUGCGCGGUGUUGUUGAAUUCGAGUGUAUGAAUCAAAGAGAAUAUGAUGUUUGGACUCAAGGUGUAUCAAGGCUUCUUUCCAUUGCUGCUGAGAAGAACAAUAGAAAUAGAUUUUGAGCUUGUGAGGGGGGAAGAAAUUUUGGCAAUGGGAGGUGCUAAUAGCAUUAUAGAUCUUUUUGAUACAGGGUGGGGUUAUGAUCAUUGAAAAAAGGGGGUGUAAGCUAAAAACUAAAGGCAAAAGUUAUGCUAGUUGGGGUCACUUUAUCUUGGGAAACAUGCAUUGGGAGUAUUUAGAUGUAUAUUUUUUGAAUGUGAAAGAAAAUUAGUGCAUCCAAUGUGAACCAUAGUUGUUUUGUUCUUUUCACUGUUCUGGAAAGAAAAUUAGUAUCUUGGACUAGGGAACAGUCAAAAAGAAUGGGAAAGUAUCAUAUUAGAAGGAAAGUAUAUAAUGUUAAGACAAACAUACCCUUAUCUUAUUUGUGUUGUUUGUAAGUAUGGGUUUGGGAUCUUAUAACAAAGGUGGUCAAACGUCUAGAUUUUAAUUAAUGUGAUUAUUAAUACAAUAAAAAAUUAUGGGCUUUGGCUCCAGGAUUGGAUCUUUGGAA